ACGCACGUCCUAACCUCAUUGCAUGUGUUUGUACACGAUCGACACGUACAUCAUACCUUUGCCGAAUGUCUGUUUUUUGAGACGUUAAUUGCGGAAUGCAUCGAGACUUAUCGCGAGAUAACUGAGGAACGACGAAGUUGAGUUUAAAAUGCCCACUGACGGAAAGGACGUUUUGACAGAAGAACGAGCGCAUCAGGAUGAAAAAGUCACCUCUUCUUCAUUCUCCUCUUCAUCUUUUUGGAAGGAUGCAGAUAGUGCGCUGUUGAAGACGUUUCUUCUGAUUACCUGUAUUAAGAUUCUCCUAAUUCCUACUUAUCGUUCUACCGAUUUUGAAGUACAUCGUAAUUGGCUAGCUAUCACAAACAGUCUACCUAUUGAAGAAUGGUAUGUGAAUGCUCAAUCUCCAUGGACUCUUGACUAUCCGCCUCUGUUCGCAUGGUUCGAAUACUGCCUCAGCCAAGUUGCUGCAAUUUUUGAUUCGGAGAUGCUCAGGGUGGAAAAUUUAAAUUAUGCCUCGCCAGCUACUAUAUAUUUCCAAAGAGGCACAGUUAUAUUUACUGAUCUGAUACUUGCAUAUGGAGUGAGAGAAACUGGAAGAACAUUUUGUAAAUCUUUGAACAGCCAUGUAAUUUUCAUAUUUCUGUCAUUAUGCAAUAUAGGACUGUUGAUAGUUGAUCAUAUACAUUUCCAAUAUAAUGGCUUUCUACUUGGCAUUCUGUUGAUAUCAAUGGCAAAUGUUUCAAAGACUGACAGACAGAUAUCGGUAUUGCAAGGUGCUGCGUGGUUUGCAAUUUUACUUAACCUGAAACAUUUAUAUAUUUACGUGGCACCAGCAUACACUGUCUGGUUACUAAAAUCAUAUUGUCUGAUCAAUGGAAAAUUCUUCAAACGAUUAUUUAGUCUUGGGCUUAUCAUCCUGACCGUCCUAGCAGUGUCCUUUGGUCCCUUUAGAACUCAGUUAUCACAGGUAAUUUCCCGUUUAUUUCCAUUUAAAAGGGGCUUGGUACAUUCGUAUUGGGCUGCAAAUGGUUGGGCUCUGUAUAUCGGUGUGGAAAAAGUAUUAUCUGCUGGACAGACUGCUCUUUUGCCACUUCUGCAUCCAGAUAACUUGUCUUCAUUGAAAUUAUUAUUGUCGCUGACAUAUAUGCUUUCAUCAAUUUUAGUCUUGACUAAUCAACAUGGCAAACCUUUAUUACGAUUACACGAAUGGUUGUAUGUAAUACUGCUACCCUUAGUUACGAUCUAUGAAGUUGUGCUGCAUAAAUUAUUGCUUGGUGAUAAACUGCCAUUCCUGCCAUUAGCAUUUACUUCUGUAUACUGUGCUAUUGGUAUAACUUACUGUUGGAUACUGUAUUAUUACAUAUAUUUGAAAAACAAUAUUCGCAUUAAUGAGACAGCGAGAAACAAAUUAGAUCGUCAAAGACCAAAGGACAAGCGAUCUUAAAAUAUAUCGUUAAAAAUUUUGAUAUUUUUGUGGAUGAAAAAAAAUAUUUUUAUAAAUUGUGCAUAGAAAUAAGUCUACAUCAUCUACA